UUUUCCCAGGGUUUCAGUCAUUUUUCAGUAGAGAUACAUUUAGCCUUCUUCUCGUCCGUGGUCUCCUGUGUGCCAUAACUGACAUACUGCAAGAGACUUAAUAAAAUAUUGUGUCUUCAUAACAUUCUAGGAAAUUUACAACGUGUUUAUUAUUAUUUUCUAAUUAUAUCUAAUAUGGGAUUUUUUUCUUUAGGCAAAUCAGGUAAAAGUAAGAUUAUGUUAAAAUCUUAUACAUUGAUGGAUUUUGAACUUUGAUUCAAAUAAAGGACUAGCAAAUAGUUUGAUAUCAAAACUUUACUUUUCAAUUCUAUUAGAGGGUAGUGCAAGUUUGUAUCAUGGCUUAAUAAAAGAUGAGACUGUUUUUCGCUGUUUACGUUUUGUUCGUUUCUGCAGCUGGAUUCCGACGGCACCAUCACUAUAGAGGAACAGAUUGUCCUUGUGCUGAAAGCUAAAGUACAGUGCGAACUCAACAUCACAGCUCAGCCCCAGGAAGGAGAGGGGAAUUGUUUUCCAGAAUGGGAUGGACUCAUUUGUUGGCCCAGAGGAACAGUGGGGAAAAUAUUGGCUGUCCCCUGCCCUCCUUAUAUUUUUGACUUCAAUCAUAAAGGAGUGGCUUUGCGACACUGCAACCCCAAUGGAACAUGGGAUUUUAUGCACAGUUUAAAUAAAACCUGGGCUAAUUAUUCAGACUGCCUUCGCUUUCUUCAGCCAGAUGUCAGCCUAGGAAAGCAAGAGCUCUUUGAACGCCUCUAUGUCAUGUACACUGUUGGAUAUUCCAUCUCCUUUGGUUCCCUGGCUGUGGCUGUUCUCAUCAUUGGUUACUUCAGACGAUUGCAUUGCACUAGGAACUAUAUCCACUUGCACUUAUUUGUGUCUUUCAUGCUGAGAGCUGCAAGCAUCUUUGUCAAGGACAGAGUGGUCCAUGCUCACAUAGGUGUCAAGGAGCUGCAGUCCCUGAUGAUGCAGGACGACCUACAGAAUCUCAUAGAUGCACCUUCUGUGGACAAAUCACAAUAUAUUGGGUGCAAGAUUGCUGUUGUGAUGUUUAUUUACUUCUUGGCUACAAACUACUAUUGGAUCUUGGUGGAAGGUCUCUACCUGCAUAGUCUAAUCUUUGUGGCUUUCUUUUCUGACACCAAAUACCUGUGGGGCUUCACCUUGAUAGGCUGGGGGUUCCCCGCAGUAUUUGUUGCAGCCUGGGCUGUGGCACGAGCAACUCUGGCUGAUGCAAGGUGCUGGGAACUUAGCGCUGGAGGCAUCAAAUGGAUUUACCAAGCCCCAAUCUUAGCAGCUAUUGGGCUGAAUUUUCUUCUGUUUCUGAAUACGGUUAGAGUUCUGGCUACCAAAAUUUGGGAGACCAAUGCAGUUGGGCAUGACACAAGAAAACAAUACAGGAAACUGGCCAAAUCCACGCUGGUCCUGGUGCUGGUCUUCGGAGUGCAUUACAUCGUGUUCGUGUGCCUGCCCCACUCCUUCUCGGGGCUCGGGUGGGAGAUCCGGAUGCACUGCGAGCUCUUCUUCAACUCCUUUCAGGGUUUCUUCGUGUCCAUCAUCUACUGCUACUGCAAUGGAGAGGUGCAGGCCGAGGUGAAGAAGCUGUGGAGUCGGUGGGAUCUCUCCGUCGACUGGAGAAGGGCGCCCCCGUGCGGCGGCCACAGGUACGGCUCCGUGCUCACCACCGUCACGCACAGCAGCAGCUGCCAGUCCCAGCUGGCGGCCGGCGGGCGCCCGGGCCUCGCCGGCAAGGCCACCAGGACGGCCGGCCGGCAGCCCGACGGCCGUGUGACCCUACCCGGCUACGUCUGGAGCAGCUCGGAGCAGGACUGCCAGCCACAUCUGAUCCUUGAGGAGACCAAGGAAGGCAGCGGGAGGCGGGGAGAGGAAGCUUCGCUGGAGCUGGCUUCCAGGCCAGGGGCAGGCACCCCAGACCCCGAGGGGAGCAAAGGAGAGACCGAGCAUGUUCUCUGAGUCACCAUCUGGGCCACCUGGCUGUCCAGGAGCAGAUGGUGCAGGAGCUGGGCUGUGACCCCUCUGCUGGAGCCCCAGAGCUGAAAUCCAGGGUUGACGGGCGACUUUGCAGAAGCUUUCGGGCCCCAUGAGUUGGCUCCUCUGAGCACUAAAGACACAAAAGGAGACGUGUGCGUGGCCUAGUUGGUUACCUUAUUUUGGUGUCAGGUUCUCGUCUAAACUGAUGUGUGAUACUUGUUCUGCGAUUGUUGUUUCUCCGCUGCUUUUGGGUGGAAAACGUUUUAAUGGCUUGGCUUUUGUUUUCUCUUGAAAAUCCCACCCUGAGAAUGACAGAGGCCGUCUAGUAUGUGUCGUUUCCUUUUAGGAAAUGAGCUCUCUCUCCUUCUCUCGCUUGAAUGUGCUGCUCUCACCGCUUUCAUUCUGUCUGUGUGUGGGAGCCAGCAGGGUCUGAACAUGUAUGUUGAAAGGUUAAAGAUCUAAGAGCAAGGACACGCCGGAAAGUAAGUUAGCUGGACUUUGGUAAGAUAAUGCAUCGGGGACAGUUAAACAUGCCUCUUUCUGGGAACAAGGGAAAUUUCUUAAAAAAGAGUAUUGCACAUAGUCCUCCUUUUGAAUGUCCCCAUCUGUGACCAGCCACAUCUCAGGCCUUCACUCCUUUGUAAACCUUGACCUGCCACGGGGUUUUCUGUCAGUGAGCUUGUGUCUGAAAACUACUUUUGUUUGCAAUCAUUUAUACUGAUUGUAAAUCACACUGCAUCUAUGCCUUUUCUUCUUUCUUCUAUUACUAUAUUCCAAAUGGCAUGUGGGAUAAAUUAAAAGUUUGUUUUAAAAAUA